GUAAUUUCUGCGAUCCUCCGGAAAAAGUAUUUUAAUUUAGAAACAUAUUUUCGUAGCGAUACGUUAUCAAUGAGAUUAAUAGAAACGGAACCGGCGAAAUACUACAGAAGUCGAGUAAAUUUACGCUUUUAAAUGUAAUUCAUUAUCGUUUCACGUUCGGUUCGAUCGAAAGCACGAUGUUUCGUCGGCAUGAUUAAAACCACGUGCUUCGGGAGGCCGAUCGUUAUUAUGAAAAAUGAUCUAAUUUGAAAGAGCAUCGAUCAGAGAACAAAGAUCCCUCGCCACCAUCGCGAAGAGGUAUGCUGAAGCAGGAUGACGGAAUUCGUGGACGGUUGGAUAUUCGGGCACACUUUAGGAGAAGGUGCUUACGGCGAAGUGAAAUUACUUCUAAAUAAAUCUACAGGCGAGGCUGUUGCUAUGAAAAUGAUAGAUUUAGAAAAGCAUCCAGACGCUCGGCAAACUGUUCGCAAAGAAACCGCUAUCCAUCGUAUGUUAUCUAAUCCCAAUAUUGUACAGUAUUUUGGAAAGCGUAGCGAGCCAAACAUGGAAUAUAUAUUCUUGGAGUAUGCUUCGGGCGGAGAGCUAUUUGAUAGAAUUGAACCUGAUGUUGGUAUGUCUGCAUGGGAAGCACAAAAAUAUUUCAGACAGUUAAUUUCCGCUGUCGAGUAUCUCCAUAGUAAAGGAGUUGCACACAGAGAUUUGAAGCCGGAGAACUUACUGUUAGAUGAAAAUGACAAUUUGAAAAUUUCCGAUUUUGGUCUGGCAACAAUAUACCGUAUGCAAGGCAAAGAGCGUUGCUUGGAAAGGAGAUGCGGAACGUUGCCAUAUGUUGCUCCGGAAGUAUUAUUGCGCCCUUAUCACGCCGAACCCGCCGAUAUUUGGUCUUGUGGUAUAAUUCUCGUGGCUCUGCUGGCUGGAGAACUGCCUUGGGACCAGUCCUUGGCAGAGUGCCCAGAAUAUAUGACAUGGAGAAACGGAAAGUACAUGUCUUUCACGCCGUGGAGAAAGUUGGAUAAUUCUUCAUUGUCUCUGAUUAGAAAUAUUCUAACACACUCCCCGUCAUCCAGAUGUACCAUACAGGACAUCAAACGGCACAGGUGGUUUGUCAAGAAAUUCCAAAAGGCUGGAAGUAUAGAAGGUUACAUUCGACCCGACGAGACGGACUCGAGGCAGGUGUUGGAAGACGAAAACUUGACAAGAUUCUGCUUGUCGCAGCCCGAAUUACCCGGAAUAGAAACUAAUACAGUACAAAUUAAUUUGGAAGAACGAGCAGGAUUCUCGUUUUCGCAGCCUGCUCAUAUAGAAGAUUUAUUAUUAUGUACACAAGUACAAAAUAAAUUUACACAACCAAGCCAGCAAAAUACGUUCCAACGUUUGGUGCGACGAAUGACAAGAUUUUUUGUUAAAACCGAAUUGGAAGAGACCGUGAAAAGGCUAAUAAAUAGCUUAAAUAACGAAAGUUACACUUGUCGUAUCAAUGACUGUGGCACGAUCACUAUAUCAAGCAUGGAUAGAAGAAAAAUGCCCUUGGUUUUCAAAGCAAAUAUCGUCGAAAUGGAUGGCAAGAUACUGGUCGACUUCCGGUUAUCGAAAGGCUGUGGUUUAGAGUUUAAACGAAGAUUUGUUAAAAUUAAGUCCUUGUUGGAAGAUAUUAUUUUAAAGGGUCCUGUUACGUGGCCGAUUGCUGUUGCUACGGAAUGUAUGCCUUAACAAUAACGUAGAGAAUUGAGAUUUAAAUAAACGUUUUAUAUACUUUUGAACAUGAAUUAAUUUUCCUUUCACCUUUCCAUGUUAAAUCUAUUUGUAGAUUUCACGUUAACGCGAUAGUUUUCUAGAUUCUUCCAG